AUGACUCAAACCUCCAAAAUCCUCAUUCUCCCAGGAGACGGCAUCGGCCCAGAAGUAAUGAAUGAAGCCAUUAAAGUCCUGAAAGCCUUCGAAACACCGCAACGCAAAUUCGAACUGCAACAAGAACUGAUAGGAGGCUGCAGCAUUGAUAUCCACGGCAAACCAGUAACAGACGAAGUUAAACAAGCAGCCUUAACCUCCGACGCAGUUCUAUUCGCCGCAGUAGGAGGACCAAAAUGGGAUAACGCACGACGUGGACUAGACGGCCCUGAAGGUGGCUUACUACAGCUACGCAAGGCAAUGGAUAUCUAUGCAAACUUGCGCCCGUGCUCGUCUACAUCCCCUAGUUCGUCCAUUGCUAAGGAGUUUAGUCCUUUCCGGCAUGAUGUGAUUGACGGUGUUGAUUUUGUUGUUGUACGCGAGAACUGUGGUGGUGCUUAUUUUGGGAGGAAGAUUGAAGAGGAGAAGUAUGCAAUGGACGAAUGGGGCUACUCCGAAGCCGAGAUCCAGCGUGUAACACGUCUAUCAGCUGAAGUGGCACUGCGACAUAAUCCACCUUGGCCAGUCAUCUCCCUCGACAAGGCGAAUGUGCUGGCCUCUUCUCGGCUUUGGCGUCGCGUAGUGGAAAGGACGAUGGUUGCCGAGUACCCGCAGGUGAAACUGGUGCACCAGCUUGCCGACUCGGCCUCAUUGAUCCUGGCGACGAACCCGCGGUCUCUGAAUGGUGUUAUUCUGGCGGAUAAUACCUUUGGUGAUAUGAUCUCUGACCAAGCUGGGUCAAUUGUCGGUACUCUUGGUGUAUUACCGAGUGCCAGUCUAAAUGGUCUUCCUGGUGAUAAGAUGCCGAAGACGAGACCGUAUGGAUUGUAUGAGCCUACACAUGGGUCUGCUCCGACUAUCGCUGGGCAAAACAUCGCCAACCCAGUUGCAAUGAUCCUCUGUGUUGCGCUCAUGUUCCGGUACUCGCUAAGCAUGGAAGCAGAGGCUCAAUGCGUGGAGAAUGCUGUGCGAAAGGUGUUGGACUCAGGACUGCGAACGCCUGAUUUGGGUGGUAAGGCUGGGACUAAAGAAAUGGGUGAUGCGAUUGUAUCUGCACUGUAA